CUCUCUACCUUGCCAUCUGCGCACGCUCGUGGUGAUUGCAUGCAGUAAGCACCCGAUGCAGGAUCAGCUUCAGACAACUCCCCUAUCUUGAUGUCUACGGCGACAGGUCGUAUUACGUCCUUGCAUUGCGGACAGUAAGUGUGCACAUCGCGCUCUUCCAGCUUGCCCGUGUUGGCUCUCGACAUAUAUUACAACUCGGAAUCCCUUCGUCCAGCACCUGCACCACUUCUCUCACCUCCUCUUGUCUUCUCUUCUACACCGCAACCUUGAGACUACUACCCUACCAUGGGUCCACAACAAGUCAGUCCAGAUGCUCGCCAGCAAGAGCUCCAGAAGCGAGUCGGUCUGCUUUCGAAGACGUUAGCUUCGACUCCUACCCUUCGACAGAUCAUACCAGUACGGAUGCGAUCAUCGACAAAAGACGAUUAUGUCUGUGUCGGCAAAGAUUAUAUCCAGCUUUUCGAAAUCGAGUCCGAGGUUCGCAUCACUCACAUCGCGACAAAGAACGACUUUGAUGGCGAGAUCGGUGCAGCCAAUGCUAUUGGCUACUUCGAUCCGUACGAGAGUGAAUUCAGGGAGUAUCCUGACGAUUGGGACAACCUCAGCGAAUCUUCUGAGAAACCCAUGGGACCACAGAUGUUGACGUUCACACUCAAGGGCACAGAUCAGCUGUUCUUUCUAACGACCUUGGAAACUGAGGACGGUGAGAUCACGUUCAGAGUGUCUUGCAUACCCAUGCCAAAAUUUACUAGACCAUCCAGAUUGCUCGGAAACGCUAUCGCAGUUGAUUCACGCUCCCGAGCUCUAGCUGUGGCUGCCGGUGAGCGCGAGAUUUUUAUAUGCUAUGCGAACCAAGCAGAGUAUUUGAGCUCAGGGAACCAGAAAUGGGACGAUGGGUUCAUUCCCGUCUCUAGCUCCCGUAUUGUCCGUGUGCCAGGUACAAUUCUGCUCCUGGACUUUCUCUUCCCGCCGAAACACGAUCCAGACCGUGUCAUAUUGCUCAUGAUAGUGCUGCAUCAAGGAAGCGUGCGACCAGCCUGGGUCGAAUGGUCAUAUUGUGAUGAAGUCAGGUCUGCGGACAUCAAGCAAUGUCAUCGAAUCCUUUCACCUGGUGAACUACCGAAUCUCUUGAUACCUCUCAAAGGCAAUGCAGCAUUUGUACUUACCACUAGACGAGGCAUAACCAUCUUUGAACAUAUCUUAACCACCUCAAUUUUGUCGACUCGUCAAGGUGUUGAUCGGGCAGACCCACCGAAAGACUAUCCACCUUCCUCACAUAAACCACUCUGGGCUUGCUGGGUAAGACCAAGAAGAGAUGGUGAUUACCAGAUAGAGGAUUACAUUUACCUGGUAACAGAGGACGGCAAUGUCUACUAUAUGGUCUUCGAGCAGGAUCUGCCUGCGGAAGGUGUUUUGAUAAACCAUGUAGGAAGUGUGAACUGCCACGUGGACUCGGCAUGUGCUCCUUUUGGAAGAUCCGACCAAGGUGACAUCCUGAUAGUCCAGGGUGCGUCAAGUGAAGGUUGUGUCUGGAUGAGCGAAUGUCGCCAAGCCCCUGCCUCUGAUUCGGAGCCAAAUGGUGGCAUGCACGGAUUUGUCGUUUCUGCAUUACCUAAUUGGUCCGAGAAUUUGGAUUUGGUAGCAAAACCAACCUCGCGCAAGAGACUCUUGCCGAACUCAAGAGACACUCUGUUCGUGCCUAGCGGUCGACAACCUUACGGUCACGUCACAGAGUUGCGUAUGGGCCUCGAAGCGCAGAUCGGCCACCAAUUCUCAGAACACUUGCCUUUCGGGAAUAUAUCACACGCGUGGGUCCUGCAGAUCGAGCAAGAGGAUUUGUUCUUCUUCCUGCUUUCCAGCCCGGGUCAGACGCAUGUUUUGUCAGUACCCCAAUCGCCUGACGGUGAUUCCAGUCACAUCCAGGUCAUAGAACCCGUCGGUCUCGACCUAAAACACUCGACCCUCGCAGCGACCAUGAUCAACGAUCAUUAUAUUCUCCAAAUCACAGAGUCUGGUUUAUUCGCUUAUCGCAGCCCUCAAGACAGUCUGCUGGUCACAAAGUGGCCCAGUGAGUCUAGAGCCACCGCAGCAGCCAUCGAGGACACCAUCCCCUGUGCAGUCAUCGCAUCACGAAAGAACGAGCAUUCAGCAAUCGAACUGCUGAAGAUUGAUGAAGAUGAAGACGAUGGAACAGUGUCCUCUUCACCAAUCGGGAAGCCUGUACAGAUUGAUGCCGAGAUCAUAUCUGUGGCCAUCUAUCGCACUUCAUUUUUGGUCUUUGUUAUUGCUGGUACUUCUGACGGCACACUGCACAUAUUCAGAGUGUCGCCACAAAACGGUCUGGAACUAUAUCUCGAGCAUGAUAUUUCGCAGGAUCCUAACAAUCUCGAGGCUUUGAACGCAUGCGAAGACAUUCUCAUCCUUGGUGAGCAAGUGCGACCAGAGGGCCCUGUUGACCUUGUGGUACUUUGUGGUCUACGUGGUGGAUCUGUCUAUGCACUUGAGCUUCAAGUCAAGCAAGAUUUUUCGCUUCAGAUCAAGAUGCAUCAACACUUCAGCAUGGGCUUGACAACGGCUAAGCUGAGGCCUGGAAAGACCCCUUGGUCUGCGUUUGCGGCUUGCGGCGAUGGCUUCUUCGGCCUGAAGUUGACUGGCCCUAAGCUUAGCGCUCUUAACAUCUCAGAUGUGUACCUGACGGAGGUAGGUGCUGAUGGACGCGCCUUCCAGCAAGAAUCAGUGACAGCCAUGUCAAUGGUUCCGUAUGCUGAGACAUCCCCCUUGUCGGAAGCACUCAUCGUCUUCUCAAACGAUUCCUGUUACAUCACGGCGAUAUCCGAGAAACGUGGCAUCGUACCAAAGAAAAACAAGGUUCGAGGCUCGCCUCACAUCCUAAUCGAAUCCAAGCCACUCAACUGCUUCGUCAGCGCAUCUUCGUACGGACGGCUGCGUUCAGCAACGAGCAGAACCGUACAUGACGUUAUCCAGUUCAUCUUGCCUGACGCGAGAUCUACUUACGAUUUGGAUGUCGGUCUCAAGGUUUAUGCAAUGACCGAGUGGUCUUUCAGGAGAACACCCGAAUCAGCGCCCCAUGUCUUCAUCGCUGUUGCCGUUGGACGACCUGUUCGAUUGGAUGGAUUUACACCGGCCGGAUCACACGCAGGAUGGAUAUAUCUGCUUCGACUUGUGCGCAAUAACAAGGACAAAGCUACGAGUUUUGAGGUUGAGGUUGAGGUUUCGUACAAGAAACCUUUCGAAUCUCCAGUUACCGCCAUUUCGACCUAUGGUGAAACCGAUCUUGUGGUGUGCUCCGGAACAAAGGCAUAUUUCCUCGAGUAUGAUACGCAGACAUCCAGAUUCAAUGAAGUGUGUCACUUCGUCAUGCACAGCCCUGGCAUUCGUGUAACCACUUCACCUCCACAUGUCCAUAUCACGACCGAGCGGGACUCGACUCUUACACUUCAGCUGAUGGGCGGUCCAGCCGAUGCUGGCACAAGAAGACUGCACAAUGUCGGUAGAGGCGAUGGAGCACGACAAUCUGCCAGCCAUACGACCAUUGACGUCUCACACGACCAGGACACUGCGAUGAGUCUCAACCUCACCAGUACCCUGGAACGUGAACUAGUUGGCCUGAGGAUUCCAGAUCCUAGUCAGCCGCCCAUGAUCGCGACUCACGAUACGCUCUUCACUGCGGAACUCCCCCGCUCUGUCAUGCGCAUCGUCGAAGCCAAGAUAAGACCACCCUGGAAGCCUGCGACUGCUCCUGGCGUGCUCAAGGAUGAUCUAGUAGGCAUCACCGUAGACGGUACAGUCUACGGUUUCGCCAUUCUCGACGAACGUACCACGAAUCGUCUCCGAUGGGUCCAGAGACUCUGCCAGCGCAAUCCUGAUAUUUGUCCGUUCACCUACAGCAAUCCGCCAACCGUGACUCAAAACGGAAUGACCAAAGAGCUACCAGUGAUGCUUCCGCCUGCUGGGUUCGACAAUUCGACCACUUCUGAAGCUGGCGCAAACGGAGAAUUGGUAAAAAGGUCAAAGAAACAUAGACCUAGUGAUAUGCAUGUCGACGGCGAUUUCCUGGUACGUUUGUUGGAGCAAGAUGGUGCGGAACUCCUCACCUCCAUUAUGGAACUCGAGGCCACCCAAGCCAACGACCCGAUCUCCAUUUGGAUGCGUGAUAACCUCGAGGCACAAAAGAGAGAGGUAGAUGCACUGAUUGCAGAAGCUGCGGCUGCUGUGGAUAGAUGGUGGUAAAGCUUUUGGCACUGUAACAGACAGCGCUUGUGGAUACAGUACUGCAUAUAUGGGCUCAGGCUUUUUGUUUUUUUUCCUUAUACGUUCUUCCAUAGUUCCGGAGUCGUGGGUCUCUAGCUUCUCUGCUCAAAAAAUGUACAACUGUCGAUU